CGCAUAACAACCGCCAUCAUGACUCGCCGCACCAGCCGCUUCGACCCGUUCUUCCAGCCGCUGUUCUACGUGCACGACCUGCACGACCGCAUUUCGGCACUGGACACUCCGCAGUCCAAGGAGCUGUGCGAGCUCGCCGCCGACCUGCGCUGCUUCUUUGACGAGUUCGGCACUCGGGACGUCGAGUUCUCCACCAAUCCUACGGGCCCUUCUCCUGCAGGUCCUGCGGACGAGGCUCCGUCCAAGAUUGGGCUUUUGAACGAUGCGAUGAACGUGCUGAAGACUGCCGAGAACGAACAAGGUUCGCUGAUAAGUCAGGUUUCGCACGAUGCUGUGGCUUGUCUGGGUGAUAUGUACGAGUUGAGUCAGCACACGGUCUCCGCGGUCACGGCGGUGGUCCACUGCAAUCACUGGGGGAGGGAGAAGGAAGACACCGACUUCCUCCAGGACCUCCUGCAGAAAGCGGAGACGAACCUUCUGCACAUCACGCGCGAGCAACUCGGGAUCCUCUCCGUUUCCGACGCUGUUUCCCCGGCGCAGCGGUGGGUCGAGCCCGACUACGAGGACGACGACUAUUCGAUGGACCCGUUCACGGGCGAGUUCACGGUGCGCUCCAUGCCGCUCACCGUGUACGUGAAGUAUGCACUCAAGGUCUCCGCCGAGGUCGUUAAGAUGUUGCGUGAGGUGCUGGGUGCCUGCGUUUGCGAUGGGAAAGCGCCGACGGCUACCGAUGUACAGUAUAUAGCGGAAAAGACUGGGUUGCAUCCGCAUGUGGUUAGGGAUUGGUUUGUAGCCCGUUGCGCGAAUCCGACGGCGAUAGACACGAGACGCAGGCUGGGGCCGGGAUUCUCGGUGGUGUUUGUCUGAUGUACCUUACUCCGAUAUCACUCGACGGGACUGGAUAGGAGCUGUCGAGUCUGGGCGCUGGCUGGCUGGGA